AUGGACGAGCGGAAAUCGGAGGAGCGCGAGGCGGAGCGGCUGGACGCCGCGCCGCGCGACGACGCGUCCGAGAGUGGCGAGGCAGAGAUCAAGCCCGAGGCGCACGGAGACGAGCUCGAGGACGACGUGCAGACGACGCCGCGGCGCUCGCGGCGGACGCACCUCCCCGAGGAGUCCGACUCGGACCUGAAGGACGAGGACGAGGAGGGCGGCGGCGACGAGGGUGUGACACGAUGCGUGUGUGGCAGCACCGACGAAAACGUCGGCCUGAUGAUCCAGUGCGAGACGUGCAAGUGCUGGCAGCACUGCGCGUGCAUGGGCAUGCACACCGAAGACGACUGCCCCGAUGUAUACUACUGCGAGCAGUGCAAGCCCGAGAACCACAUCGAGCUCCUGCGCUCGCUCGGCUUCCUCCCGUCGCCCAAGUCGGCGAAGCGCAACCGGGGGCGCGGGUCCGCCAAGGAGACCGCGCGCGAGCUCAAAGAGGCCAAGGACGCGAUCCGUGCGCUGGCCCUCGACAAUGCCGCGCGCCUGCGCGAGGAGGCGGAGCGCGCGAGCCCCGCGUCGCGCCGCCGCGCAUCGCCGUCGCGCCGCCUCCCGUCCUCGGGCGACGGGCGCACACCAAAGCGGCGCAGCACGAUGAACUCGCGCGAGAUUGGCGAAAAUGGCUGGGAGCCGAUUCCCCCCGAGCUGCUCCGGCGGGGGGACGACAGCGAGUCGCCCGAAGAUAGCGUGCGCAAGCGCAAGCGCAGCCCGCACGAGCCGUCGGUCAGCGACGAGGCCGCGAGCGAGUCUGCGGCCGAGCUCGCCAAGCGGCGCAAGACCCAAGAGCCGCGCCGCGACGAGCGCCGCAAGGGCGACACGCCGCAGCCGGAGGCCCGCAAGGAGAAGAAGGACGAAAAGUCCAAGCACCCCAACCAGUACACCUACCGCAAAGAGCCGCCGCCCCGCCGCGACGCCCGCCGCGGGCGCGAGACGGGCAGCCGUGCCGGCACGCCGCAGCCGGACGCGCCGCCCAAGGGGGGGACGUCGGCGCUGCCCGAGCACCUGCAGCACCUCGCGUACCUCCUCCCGCCGUUUAUCGGCGAAGAAGAGACGCCGCCGGUGCCCGACGCGCCCCGCGCCGGCCUGCCCGAGCCACUGGCGCUUACGACGCCGAUCGACGCGGCGACCAAGAUCCGAUACCCCCAGAAGCGCAUGACGCUCGGCGAAAUGCGCAAGCGCGUGCGCACCAUCAGCGAGUACGUUACGCGUGUCCAGAUCGAGGCCGUGGAGCGCGCGAAGCGCGUGCAGCUGCUGCGGGCUGUGCGGUCCGAGCCGCCCGAGGACGAUGUCGGCGCGACGCCGCUGAGCAUGCAGCUCGUCGAGCAGCUCACCAACGACAUCACCGCGGUGCAGCGCCGCCUCUCGAGCGGGCCGACGGGCGAGGAGGAGGAUGCAUAG